AUGGCCCACGGUGGUCGGCAGGGACAGUUGCUGGGGGCGGACGGGCGAGGGCUGCGGCCGGAAGUGCUGGUGCAGGAGCUAAGCUGCUGCAGGGCCCUGCAGGGCCACCCCAAGAUCUUCCUGCUUCAGGCCUGCCGUGGGGGGCGCAGGGACUCUGGUGUGGGGCCCACUGCUCGCUCCUGGUUCUGGCGCUGGCUGCGUGCACCUCCGGCCAUCCCCUCCCACGCCGAUGUCCUCCAAGUCUAUGCUGAUGUUCAAGGGAGCUCCUCCGGGGCGCCCCCUCCAGGGACCUCGGACCAUGCAGACAUCCUGAUGGUCUACGCAGCAGCCGACGGCUAUGUGGCCUAUCGGGAUGAGAAGGGCUCCGAUUUUAUCCUGACGCUGGUGGAGGUCGUCAGAGCCCAUCCCGGGAGAGAUCUUCUAGAACUGAUGACUGAGGUCAACAGACGGGUGUGUGAGCUGGACGUGCUGGGCCCCGACUGUGACCAACCCCGCAAGGCCUGCCUGGAGAUCCACAGCUCACUGCGGCGCCGGCUCUGCCUGCGGGCCUGA